GGUAACACUUCCGUUUCGAACGACGCUCAACGUGAAACAUUCCGAUAGUAAUCUUCGAAGCAAAAUGUUUGUUUGUUGAUGUGAAUUGGUAUGAAAACCGAACAAUAGCGAUGGCAUCAGGAACUUCAAAGUACGGCGAAAAUGGGGGUGAGGAGGGCAGAGACAGUGACAGUAGUUCAGAAUCUGAACAACACGACAGAAACACAAAUCAACGAGUUGAUGAAGGGGACAACAAAAAGCAAACAAACACAGAUGCCGCGACAGACGACGGGAAAGAAGAAGCUACAUUUAGUUUGACUGAUCCUGACGCCUUGCUAAAACAGUUAGAAAGUGUUGAUUUGACGGAGGAAGAUACAGAGGAACUAUUGCACGAGGCAUACAAAGUAAACAUGAAAUUGAAAGAGAUGCUUCGUAGACAAGAAUCAAAACGUCGUGACAGACUUUCAAGCGCGCAAUCUGCAUACAGUACUGCCUCGUCAAACUCAAGAAAACAUCAAGGACCAUCUGUCCUCCCACCUAUUCACAAGAAAAGCCCAGCAAAUGAUAUUCCUGAUUUUAAGAGGAGAGGUGAUUCAUCAAAGAAACCUAAACGUCCCACAAGUAAAAGUGCCAAAGAAAAGCCAGCCUGGGAUGACCGCUUCUCCUUCGGUUGAAUUUCCCAACAGGCUGGGACUUGCACAUCUGUGAUAGAAAAUAAUACCAGUCCUUGUGACCACAUGACCAAGAUGUCACUGUAGCAGUUUAAAGCAUCAUCUGUAUGCAUCAUGACAGUACCCAUCUUCGGUAUGCACUUGUCAAUGUUGUAGAUAUGCAUUGAAACAAGUAUUUGAGCAUGAUGGGAAAUAAACCCUUUUGACUCUUGUGAAAAUGACACCUAGGUUUCUAUCUUUCAAGAUUGGUUAAUAAAUCUGACAUGGCAUGAUUCAAUUUCAAAAUUUCAUUUUCAUGAUUUACUGAUUUAGUAAUUUAUUAUUACAUGAAAUACAGCAUGUUUUUGUUAAUGUUUUGGUUGAAUCUGAUUGCAAGUCUAGUACUGUAUGUUCACUUUGCUGUGUAAACUGCAGUUAAAUGUGCUUCUGCUGAAUUGCCUCCCUUAGCUGUGCAAAGAUCCUGUGAUUGGGGGUUCAAAUCCUAGAUUGUGAUCCUUGGUAUCAGUGAUCAUGUUUUUUCAGCCAUAUGUAAUUGUCAACAUGUCACAGUGUGAGCUAUCUUCCCAAAUUAGUAUAAAAGUUAAAUUUACUUUUACCUGAAUCCAGAAACUCAAUUAUCCCAAAGAA